AUGUCGAAGAUACCUAUUGAUAGACAUGGCAAAUCAAGAUCGUUAAAUCUUCGUGGCAUGUAUUCGAAUGAGCCUCCUAAAGUCAGAACCCUACAGUAUAGUGAUGUUAAAAACAGAGAAAUUUCUGAAAAAAGCUUAACGUCAGAUUUAAAGGGAAAUAAUGAGUUAAAGGAUAAAUUAUAUUUUAAACCUUACACAUCACUUAUACCAAAAAUGAGUUUUAGUACAGAAAAAGUUGUUGAAAAAAAUCCAAGAAUUUUGGAUUUAAGGGAAAAAUUAAAUGAAAUAACAAAAAAACAAGAUCGUAAUGUUGAUAAAAUGACAAAAGGAAUUAUCAAUGACUUUACACAACAUUUAGUCGAAGAUAAAGAUGGUGAUGAUUCUGGACCAUACAGUCUUUUAUUUGACUUGCAGACCAAUCCAUCGUCUUCGAAGUCUUUAUUAAAAACCGAUUCUUGGAGUUCAAAGGGUCUAGAUGAAAGUACAGAAUCAAAUUCUCAAAGUUUAAGCAGAAUAACAGGCUUGUCUAAUAAAAGUUUAGAAAGAUUACCAAAUGUUGUCAAUUUUGAUGAUAAGCCUAUGAAAGAAUUCGAAUAUUCAUGUGAAAAAGAAUUUAACUUCCCACCAAAAAAGUUCACUACUCAGUCAAGGUCAGAUCUCUGUUUACAAUUAAAAUCUCACAUUCAUUCGCGAACUUUCGAAACGAAUUUAAGUCCGAACGAUAACUCACUUAGUAGAAAUAACGAAGAAAACUCUCUUGACGACAGCUUGGGCAUUCUGACACCAGAUCAGAUGGAUGAUAUAUGUUAUUUGGAAAACGCAUUUUCUCCAACAGUGGAAGGAUUGCCGAUAUUUUGUGACAGUAAUGAAUAUAAAGCAUCUUCUGAAAAUGGUGAUACUCCUUCUACAGAUAAAACUGACAGCAAUUCAGCAGCUUCAACGAUACAAAACGAUGGUUUUGAAAAUAUUAGUAACAGGUGUAAAUUAAGAGAAUCAUUUGCCCUAAUAGCAACUAUAGAUGCUAUUGAUCCACUUACAAAUGAUGAUAAUAAUUUUAAAGCUUUUUGUUAUUCACUUGAAGAAGCCGUAGAUCAAGGUAAACCAUCUGCUAUUGAUGAAGCUGAUCUAGUUAAAGACGAUUGUGUAUCUAACUUAAUUGAGGAAGAAUUUUUACCAUCUAUACAUGGAAGUAUUUUAGAACCAAUAAGUUCCAUUGCUGAUACUACAGUAAAUUUAGAAAUACCAUUGGAUUGUAAACAUGGAAAUCCUCUAAUAACAAAUAGAAUAGAACAAACCCCUUCACCUGAAGAUUUACCUCUUGACAAUUCAGAUAUAAACGGUGAAAUAAGUACUUACUCGCAAUUCUCAGCAUCAACUUUACACGAUUCUCAAACAUACUCAGACAGCAAAAAUGAUAAAUCCAUGGAAACUUCAAAAGUUUCGAAUAGUUUUAUAACAAGUAUUACAAGUAUUACGAGUUUAGAUGGUUAUCAAGGUGAUGGUGAAAUGUCUAGACCCGUGAGCAGAAGUGCCGAUCACAAUAGUGGACCACGUGAAGAUGCUAUAGAAAUGGAUUGGCAGAAUGUUCCUGUACCGAGGAGAGUAGAUCCCAUGACAGAUUCUGAUUUCUUUACAGAGAGUGACGCAGAUGGUUUAGAUGAGCAUAUGCAACGCGGUGAUCGAAAAGCUCAAGUGAUUGAUGGUGCACUUUAUGGAGGUAAAAAUAUGAAUGGCAAUGCACCUUUAAUUGUGAAUAGAAGUGAAGAUUCUUGUAUGGAAUCGAGUGGAGUUUACACUGACUUUGAAAACCAUCGUUCUUCACCUGUAUUCUUAAAUGUUAUAAGUGAUAUGUCCCCUGAUUCUACAACGUCCACUAAUUCCGAAUGCAGUCAAAAAAGUUCUGGGUGUGGCAAAAUUAACACUUGUUUUACGCCUGUCGGAGAUACGCUAGAAGAACAAAAUUCUGAUGCAUCAAACCUUAUUGAUGAGGAUGAAACACCAAAAAAUACUAGUAAAAGAAAUUCUCUUAACAGUGUCAAGGACGUAAGGUGUACUGAUAAAAAUAAAGAAGAAAAACGUAGCUUUACUUUGAAAAAAUAUAAAAUGCCUAAACGCGACGUACCCAGCAAAUUAAAAACUAUGCUGGCAAGUCGAAAGACUGAAGUAGAUAAUAGCGUACAAAAUAGUCCAAAAUCAGCAAAGAAACCCGAUAGACGGGACAAUUUUUUGAAAAAGAAUACUUUAGAUAUAAAGGCUGAUUACAAAAAUAAAUCUUUUAAAGAUAUAAAAUCGAAAGUGGACUGUUCCUUCACGUUACAGCGAUCGCAAACGUCGUGUAGCGUAACUAGAAUGCUGAGCUCAAAAUCUACCAAUAUCAACACAAAACCUAAAAGUCGUCAUAUGAGGAUGCGAAUGGACUUGGGCUCAGCAAAUGGCAGCGGUAAGAGCAGCUUGCAUAGCUCCCAGAGCGACAUAAGUGCCAUCAGUACGCCACUGGGCAAACAUUCAACGAGCCGCUUUCCUUUGUUACGAAAUGGGAAGAAGCGGGAUAGCGCCCCGACGCCUACGACACCGAGCCGCCCUACUCCGGCACCCCAACCCCCACCUGCCACCGUUAAGAAAAAUGGAGUCGUGCAAAAGUUGUCGUCGUCGCCUGUGGCAGUGCGCGCGCGCACCUCCCUCGCCCCGCCGCCCUCGCCUCGCAAACCCGUUCCACAUAGAGUGCCUGCGCAGAGACCUAACACACUCACGACUAGCAAAGAGCCGCCGCGUGUGACGGCCGCGGUCGGGCCCCGAGGGAAGCGGGUGCAGACGCCGCAGCCGGUGCGCUCGCCGCCCGCGCCGCUAGCCGCUCCGCUACCGGUCCAGCCACGUGAAAACUCAGUAGCCCUCGCUCAUGCCACCAAAGGUGUUGAAGCGUUGGGUGUUCUUGUACAAUACCUUGUGUUCCGGUUGGAUGCUCUAAAUAGCGGAUCAUGGCGGCAAGAAGCCGAGCGAUGGCGCGGCGUUGCGGCAGCAGAGAGAAGCAGUGCCGCCCGCGCCGACCGCGACCGUCAGCAACGGGCACAAAAGGAUCUAGAUACCAUCGCAGAAUGCCUGAGCAAGAUCUCAGAGCUAGAAAUGGAGGUAUCGUCUAAAGAAGAAGCAAACGCUCGUCUACAGGCUGCACACAUUGAAGAAGUAUCUGCGCUCGCGAGUGAUGUGAAAGGGUUAAAGGAGACGAUAGAGACACUAAAGCAAGAAGUUGCUGAAAGCAGAACACGGUUGCACGCACACAGUGAAAUUGAACGGACAUUGCGCGCGCAGCUCGAAGCCGCGCGGGCUGAAGUCGAGCGAAGCGCCAAGUUGCGCAACGCGUCGGCCGACUCGUCGCGCGACCCGUACAACAUGUGCGACGCCGCCUGCGAUCCAGUGUACUGGGAGGUGGAAGAGUGCGAGUUACAAUUAAAUACAAAAGAGGAAUUAAGUUCUGACGCUACAGAAUUAGCCGCGGAGGUGCGAUCUCUGCGAGCGGUAAUCGAGCUGAAGCAAGCGGAGAUGGCUUCACUACGCGACGCGCGGUCCGAGCUAGCCGCAGAACGGGAGAGACGCGCAGCCGCAGAACGCGACGCUUGCGCCGCGCGACACGCGGCUGAGGAACUGAGGGAACGCGCGGCCGCGCGACAACGCGAGGCGGACAGACUGAGAGAUGAUAACCGCAGGCUACGUGAAACUGCGGCUCGGGACAGGGACCACGCGACUCGCAUGGUGGCCCUCAAUGAAGAGCUGAGGUACAAGCUCAGGCAGAAGUCGCAGGUGGUAUCUCUUCUGGCCGGCGGUGGCUACAUAGAACGUACGCCGAUGAGAACGCGUACUUCCUCAGGAGACUCUGUGCGGUCGAGCUCCCCCCUGCCCGACUCGCCGCCCUCCCCGGCCUCCUCGCCCGCUCCUGACUCGCCCCCGCUGCCCGCUGUCAAGGGCGUCGUUGAAAAACAUGACUCCGUCAGCUGGGUACUAGAAAUUGAAGAAACGCCAGAAGAAAUGGCUUCAAGGCUCGCACGAAGAUCUUCGUUCCGUGCAGCAGCUUCCCCCAGCGGGGUGAAGCGGCGCGGCGGGGGCUCGCCGGGCAGCUCGCCCGCGCCCGCCUCCCCCGCGCCCAACGCCUCCAAGCUCUUCCGACCGGGAGACCUGGACUUCCCACCGCCCCCGCCUCCUCUCAAGGAAUCCGCAGGCGAGGCUAUCUACAUAUAUGACGACCGUCAGUAU